CCAGAUUCUUCACAUUACAGCAGAGCUUGGACUUGAAGGAGAUAAUCACUUAUCCAUUUCAGUUAUAGAUUCAGUCGUAAGCUUCAUCUAACGAGGAAACAGUAGGAGUAUAAAAGCUCGAGGAUCUGGGAAGUCGCGUUGACUCGUAAUACACUCCCCAUUUAGUGUGUUCAUCUACGAGGCAUUUCUACUACAUGUAUACAGCUCUGACCAUACUUCAGAGCUGAAAUGGAAAACUCUUGUCCUUCCAUUACUGUAACACGACGGAUUCUCAAUCUCAUGAAGCCUAUAGGACUUGGACUUGGACUAAGGGCUGCCUUAAAUGCGCCAAUGCUCGCAACAACCUGUAUUCGACAAUAUAUAACUGGCAGCAUUUAAACGUUACUCCCUAUACCCUCUUUUUUCCCAGCACGAUGACGGACAUCGUUCCAGGCGAAAAGGCCUGUGGCUCUAGUGAGGAGCCCUCUUCCCAGCAGGUUGAAGUCUUUGAACGCCCUACCGGUCUGAAGGGCUUUUAUUACAACCCGUAUACACAGGUCGUUAUGCUCGGAUUCGUAUGUUUCUUGUGUCCAGGCAUGUUCAGCGCUCUCGUUGGACUCGGUGGAGGCGGUCAAUACAAUACAAAAACCGCUGCAAAUUCAAUCUGUGCCAUGUAUUCGACCUUUGCAUUUUUCUCUUUCUUUACGGGUUCGGUGAAUAACAAGCUGGGCCCUCGUCUCACUCUUGUUAUAGGGGCGUGUGGUUACUCUUUGUACACAGCAUCUUCCCUCACCGUUUACAUCUAUCCAGACGCAGGUGACUUUGUUACCACGGCUAGUGUUAUUCUCGGUAUAUGCGCAUCCCUUCUAUGGGCAGCCCAAGGUUCUCUCGUGUUGGCUUAUCCGACUGAAGUUCAAAAGGGAAGAUUUAUCGCUAUCUUCUGGGCUACUUACAACUUGGGAGCUGUUGUCGGUGCUUCAAUAUCGUUCGGAAUUAAUUCCCAUUCUGAGGGUGGAGAUGUUGGGAGUGGAACGUAUAUUGGUUUCCUCGUACUUACCCUUAUCGGAGUAUGCAUACCUUUCUUCAUGGCCGAUCCCAACAAAAUGAUUCGCACCGAUGGCACUAAGGUUGCUAGAGUCCAACAUCCGACGUGGAAGCAUGAAUUCUAUAGUCUCUAUGUCACGCUUAAAACGGACCCAUUUAUCGUCCUCCUAUUUCCUAUGUUCUUUGCCAGCAAUUACUUCUACACCUGGCAAUUUGACGACUACAGUGCUGCCCUGUUCAACAUCCGCACUCGUUCACUUAAUAACCUUGUCUAUUGGUCGUGUCAGAUCUUUGGUUCGAUUGCUAUUGGUCUGGUGCUCGAUACACCGCGACUUCGCCGUCGCGUGCGCGCCUUCUCUGGUUGGGCCAUUCUCCUCGCUAUGGUGUUUGGUGUUUAUGGUUGGGCGUAUUAUUAUCAAAAGGGUUAUACUCGCGCAAUGGCGACACCGACUAUGGACUUCAGUGACAAAGGCUAUGCUGCAUACUGCUGGCUCAUAAUUUUCUACGGUCUGUUCGGUGCCAUGUGGGAAACGAUGGCGUACUGGCUCAUGGGAGCAAUGUCGAACGAUCCUGCUAAACUCGCAGUCUUCAGUGGUUUUUAUAAAUCAAUCCUAUCUGCUGGAGCUGCUGUUGUUUGGCGAGCAGAUGCGAUGAAGCUGCCAUUCAUGAACAUAUUUGCGUCUACGUGGGCUCUUACCGCCGCAGGCCUCGUGAUCGCUCUGCCCAUGGUUUGCAUGCGUAUCAGAGAUAGCUCGGAAGAAGAUGAUCAGAUAUAG